UUCGCAUUUAUACGUUCAUAUGACUGAUGUAAAUAUCAACAAAUAUGUACCGAUAAAACAAAUUAAAUCCACCUUUUAUAAUAUAUAGAGAUAUUGGAUAAAAGUCGAUUUUUAAUCAUUUUCUCAAAAAGUCAGUUAUGGGCAAUUUUGGUGCGCAUAUAGAUGAAGGAAUCACUUUCUUUUUGUUAGCACUUUGGUGGAUGUAUAACAUUUAUAAAAAUUACAUCCAGUCUGUAGAGGAGAAACGGCCGUACAGGUCCUAUUGUUCAUAUUACGUCAUGCUUAAAGGAAGGCGUCUUCCAGCAGAAACUAUAAUGAAAAUUAUCUUUCCAAUUGGAGGACUACUUACUGAAGUACUUAGCACCGACAGUUUUCUGGAAAAAAAUGGCAACUUCCGGAACAUUGGUAAAUUCCACCACAUCAGUAUCUUUGCUCUUUUUAUAUUGCACGGUGUGUCAGAUUUUCUGGAAACCCACAGAUUUUCAGCUAUAAAAGGAAUGAAGUACUUCACAUUUUCAGUUGCUUUCAUAUGGUAUGGAGUGGCAUUUUACUUCCAUUGUAUGCCUGACUUGGGAAAACCAGCUCUAGAGAACACCAUGCACAGAUUACUGGUACCAUUUCUGAUAAUAACUGGCAUGGCAGUUAUGUUUGAAUUUGGAUUCAGGAACAGUAUAAUACCACAGAUAGUGCGGUGCUAUCUUGUUUUAUGUGCAGGAGAAUGGAUUAUUCUUACAUCCUUUGUCUUGUUUCUUCCAACACCUUUCCCGGGCCGUCGAAGAAAUCCAGCAUGGGACCAGGAUGAAAUAUCUAAUGUGCGUUUCAUGGAAGCUGCAGUUGGAUUUAUGCUUGUUGCCAAUAUAGCGUUCAUGAUUAUUUCAUACACCUUGAUGGCGCUGUACAUGAAAUAUGCGAGAGUUUGUUUCAAGAACAGAGAAACGUUAAAAUACAGAUAUACACCACUGGAAAACUUAGAGAAGGGAGAAUUUUGAAUUAUAUUCAGUGAAAGGAUGUUACGAAUAGCACAGUCGGUCUUUUAUAUUCAAUGGUAGUAGAAACAUGUAGAUUUUUUCUAACGCUGUACAUGUAAUGCUCCUUCUAACAGCUAUGCAGACUUUCGAUCCAGGAACGCAUUUGCGGCUAUAAUUUCAAGACAUUUUUAAAUGUAUCAUCGUGUACACAAAUUGAAUGUUGUAAACCCUAAUUAUCGCAUAUUUAUUUAUCCAUACUUUUUGUCAAAGUAAUGAAUCUUUUUAUCUCAGCAACAUACCUGCAUGAGUGCGUCAGAUAAUUUCCCACUCAGAUUAUU